AUGUUUAUCGCACUCCUAAUCUGGUCCCUCGCUAAUUACUUGCACGUCGGUUUUAAGACUAUGCUCAUUUACAUGAAUCCCGGAGAAAAAAUGUGGCAAGCAAAGUUUAAUACCGUAGCACUGAUGCUUGCGUACGUCGGAAACACAUGCAUGGCAUUCUUGUUUUUCCCCGUCACACGAGGGUCUUCAAUCUUGCCACUCGUCGGUCUCACACUCGAGUCUAGCAUCAAGUACCACAUCUGGCUCGGUCAUGUUUCGACUGUCCUUUUCGUCGCUCACAGCCUAGGUUACAUUAUCUAUUGGGCUACAAUGUCUCAUGAAAUCUACCUGAUGCUAGAAUGGAGCAGUACUUAUUUAUCCAACCUAGCAGGCGUAAUCGCGUUUGUGUUGUUAAUGGGGAUAUGGAUAACGAGCUUCGAGCGUUUCAGGAGAAAAAUGUUCGAACUCUUCUUCUAUGUACACAACCUCUACAUCAUAUACAUCUUCUUCUACAUGCUUCAUGUUGGAGUGGCAUUUCUUUGCUUGAUUCUCCCUGGAAUCUUUCUCUUCCUUAUUGAUCGAUACUUACGAUUCCUUCAAUCCAAACGGAGGACUAGGCUCGUUUCCUCACGCCUUCUACCUAAUGGCACCAUCGAACUAAACUUCGCCAAGAAUCCAGGGUUGGCGUAUAAUCCGAGUAGUACGUUGUUUGUGAAUGUUCCGAGCAUUUGCAAAUUGCAGUGGCAUCCGUUUACGAUAAGUUCGAGCAGUAACUUGGAGACUGACAAUCUGAGUGUUAUAAUCAAAACUCAGGGAAAUUGGACACAGAAGCUCUACAAACAACUUUCUACUUCUUUGGAUCAUCUUCAAGUAUCGACCGAAGGACCUUACGAACCUGCAUCAAAUCAUUUUCUAAGGUAA